UCUGAUUGGUAGCUUUCCCAUAAUUCCGGAUGGCCGGCUAGCCAAGAUGGCGGAGGUCAGCCGGAGAUUGGGGAGGGGAGUGUAUGUGGUCUUGAAUAACCAGUAUAACGCGUUAAACUCAGUAAGCAGCGGCGACCCACGCACAGUCAAUCAGCGAGAACAAAAGAGACAACACAAGGGGGACCCGCCCGCUGGAGCCCGAGCUUUAUUAGACAGCGGAACUUUGCUCUUGAUACCCGCCGGCGACCGGUGCCAAUGUCAGCUGUGUAAACUGUCUGAGGUCGGUCAGCAAAGUUUGCGGAUCUCGGUAAGUCGUGCGCGGAAGCCGACCUCGAGUAGUAGCUGUGAUAAAGCUGGGGUACUGCGCAACGAAACUGCACACAGCUGCGAAGAUGCGUCCUUUUCAACGGCAGAUUUAGAUUGGGGCGUAAAGAGAAGCACCCUCAACUUGCUAGGACCCACGUCUGCCUUUGAGGACGCGGUGUUUGUUUUUGUUAGUGACAGGCUGUUAUUAAAGGAGAGGGCUGUUAGGAAACAAAGGGACGUGCAGCUGCAUUCACUGGCUGAAGCCUUCCCUGUCUGCAAAGCCAGUGCUCUUGACUGUGCUGGCGCUUACUUGGACUUUAAUGAUACAAAUGGAGCAGGACCCUGGCAGUGUGCAGAUAGCAAUGGGUCGUUUGCAACUGACGCAGCUAACCCGGGCUUCAAGAGCAGCCCCUGUCUCGGUUCGGGUGCAGCAGGGUUUAAUAAAAGCAGGUGGAGGCAGCAGCUCCAGCAGGGAGCUCAGUGCAGCGUUUGGAAGGCGGUCUUGCUGCAGCCUCAAAACCUCUGGAGUCUCUCUUCAGCUCGAUCGUACACCAAAAACAACAGAACCAACGUCAGCCCUCCUCUCUGUAAAAGCAAAACGGCUUAUUAUGACAUCCUAGAGGUGAGCCCCAGCGCCACUCAGGCCCAGAUCAAGACCGCGUACUACAAGCAGUCCUUCAUCUACCACCCGGACAAAAACGCGGGCAGCGAGGGGGCCUCCGUGCGCUUCUCGGAGAUCAGCGAGGCGUACAACGUGCUGGGCAGCAUCGCGCUCCGGAGGAAGUAUGACCAUGGGAUCCUGAGCCAGGCUGACGUCCAGAGAGCAGACAGGCCCUCGCCGAAGGACAUGCCGGGCCCCAGCGCAACCAGCCAGCGCAAGACAUCGCGCACCACGCCGACCCCCGGGGUGGGGAACAAGCCCAUCUUCGAUUUCGAUUCCUUCUAUCGCGCGCACUACGGAGAGCAGCUGGAGCGGGAGAAGCUGCUGCGCUGGCGCCGGGAGCAGCAGCAGCAGCGGCAGCAGGACCUGCACCGGCGCUGGCAGAUGGGCAAGAUGACCGAGCUCUCCAUGGGGUUGCUGGUAGCGCUUGGGUUUGGCAUCCUGAUUAGCAUGAAUUCUUGAGAUGGAUUUUCUUUAAAUACCCUGCUUGCUGUGGAAGAGAGGGACUGUGCUUUAUUGAUCAAACCUUGCCAGGUCUCUCUCUGGUGGGGUUGGGG